AUAAAAAAAAGGCAGAGUCGCGGAAGUUGCGUCAGAGGAAAUUGACUAGAAAUUCAAUUUCGGCGGCCAGCUCUCUCUCUCUCUCUCUCUCUCUCUCUCUCAGUACUCAGAUGCUUCCUUGGUCGAUUUCUCAUCUUCACUUUGAUCCUUUCGAUUCUCGUUUCCACCUCUUUUGAUUACUCUGUUUCUCUGAGAAGAAGAAGAAGAAAGCUUUCAACUGUUCCUAGUUUUUUUUUUUGUUGAUGUCUGCUUUGAGACUCUGAGAUCGCAAAAAGGAAUCCAUGGCGGAAGCAAGACGUUUUGGCCUUAAUAACGAACUAGAUGUUGGCCAAAUACUUUCAGAAGCACGGAAUCGAUGGCUUCGUCCUCCUGAAAUCUGCGAAAUCUUACAGAAUUACCAAAAGUUUCAAAUUUCUACCGAGCCACCUACCACACCGGCCAGUGGAUCUGUUUUUCUAUUUGAUCGAAAGGUGCUCAGAUACUUCAGGAAAGACGGUCACAACUGGAGGAAGAAAAGAGAUGGAAAGACAGUUAAAGAAGCUCAUGAGAGGUUGAAGGCUGGAAGCGUUGAUGUUCUACAUUGUUACUAUGCGCAUGGACAAGACAAUGAAAAUUUCCAAAGACGCAGUUAUUGGAUGCUUCAAGAAGAGCUUUCCCACAUCGUUUUUGUCCAUUAUCUCGAAGUUAAGGGUAGUAGAGUUUCUACUUCUUAUAAUCGGAUGCAAAGGACUGAAGAUUCUACUCGAUCUUCUCAAGAAACUGGGGAAGUCUACACCAGUGAACGUAAUGGUUAUGCUUCUGGCAGCAUUAAUCAAUAUGAUCACAGCAACAAUCAGUCACAAGCUACUGACUCAGCAAGUGUCAAUGGUGUUCACACCCCAGAACUUGAAGAUGCACAAUCAGCAUACAAUCAGCAGGGGAGCCCCAUACUUUACUCACAUCAAGCACUUCACCAGCCUCCAUCUACUAGUUUUGAUCCUUACUAUCAGAUGUCUUUGACACCGAGGGAUAGCUAUCAGAAAGAGAUUCACACAAUCCCUUCGUCCGCUAUGGUAGAAAAAAGCAGAACUACCAACGGUCCUGUUGUAACAAAUAGCAUAAAAAACAAAAAAUCCAUUGAUUCCCAAACCUGGGAAGAGAUACUGGGAAACUGUGGUUCUGGAGGUGAAGGUUUACCUAUGCAGCCUCACAGUGAGCAUGAAGGGCUUGAUCAAAUGCUCCAAAGCUACUCUUUUACUAUGCAAGAUUUUGCCAGUCUACAGGAGUCCAUUGUCAAAAGCCAGAAUCAGGAGUUAAAUUCAGGGCUUACAUCUGAUCGUUCAAUGUGGUUACAAGGACAAGCUGUAGAUAUAGAGCCAAAUGCGCUAAGCAAUUUAGCUUCAAGUGAAAAAGCUCCAUAUCUAUCUACGAUGAAACAGCAUCUGUUAGACGGUGCAUUGGGCGAAGAAGGCUUGAAAAAAAUGGACAGUUUCAAUCGCUGGAUGAGCAAAGAGCUCGGAGAACUCGGAGAUGUUGGUGUUACUGCCGAUGCAAACGAGUCUUUUACUCAUUCGAGUUCCACAGCCUACUGGGAAGAAGUUGAGAGUGAAGAUGUGUCUAAUGGUGGAUAUGUUAUGAGUCCUUCCUUAUCAAAGGAACAGCUCUUUAGCAUCAUUGACUUUGCUCCAAACUGGACGUAUGUGGGUUGUGAAGUGAAGGUUCUCGUUAGUGGAAAGUUCUUAAAGACGGCUGAGAGCGGAGAGUGGUGUUGCAUGUUUGGGCAAACAGAAGUUCCAGCAGAUAUUAUAGCUAAUGGUAUACUCGAGUGCGUUGCCCCUAUGCAUGAGGCUGGAAGAGUUCCCUUUUAUGUAACAUGUUCCAACAGAUUAGCAUGCAGCGAAGUGCGUGAGUUCGAGUACAAGGUCUUGGAGUCUCAAGGCUUUGAUAGAGACACAGAUGAUUCUUCCACCGCUUGCAACUCUAUUGAGAGUCUCGAGGCAAGAUUUGUGAAACUGCUGUGCUCGAAAUCUGAUUGCACGAACUCUUCUCUUCCCGGGGGGAACGACAGUGAUUUGUCCCAAGUGAGCGAGAAGAUUAGCUUACUGCUUUUCGAGAACGAUGACCAGUUGGACCAGAUGCUGAUGAAUGAAAUCUCUCAAGAGAAUAUGAAGAACAACCUCUUGCAGGAAGCUCUGAAGGAAAGCUUACACUCAUGGCUUUUGCAAAAGAUAGCUGAAGGUGGGAAAGGUCCGAACGUGUUGGACGAAGGUGGACAAGGUGUACUGCACUUUGCUGCUGCUCUUGGUUACAACUGGGCGUUAGAACCGACGAUAGUCGCUGGUGUAAGCGUUGAUUUUCGCGACGUGAAUGGCUGGACUGCACUUCACUGGGCAGCUUUCUUUGGCAGGGAGCUGAUAAUAGGUUCUCUCAUAGCUCUCGGUGCUUCUCCUGGAACUUUGACUGAUCCGAAUCCGGAUUUCCCAUCAGGAAGCACACCUUCUGAUCUAGCCUACGCUAAUGGCUACAAAGGAAUCGCUGGUUAUCUCUCAGAAUACGCCUUGAGAACACAUGUUUCUUUGCUCAGUCUAAAUGAGAAAAACGCAGAAACAUCUCUAGGAGGAGCGGUUGAGGCAGCUCCUAGCCCGUCCAGCUCGGCGUUAACAGACUCCCUCACAGCUGUGCGCAACGCUAGCCAAGCAGCGGCCAGGAUUCAUCAAGUUUUCAGGGCUCAGUCUUUCCAGAAGAAGCAGAUGAAAGAGUUUGGUGAUAGGAAGCUGGGGAUGUCGGAAGAGCGUGCUCUUUCAAUGCUUGCUCCAAAAACACACAAACAAGGACGAGGGCAUAGUGAUGAUUCCGUGCAAGCUGCUGCGAUCAGGAUUCAGAACAAGUUCCGUGGUUACAAGGGAAGGAAAGAUUAUCUGAUUACUCGUCAAAGAAUCAUCAAGAUACAGGCUCAUGUAAGAGGUUAUCAGGUUAGGAAAAACUACAGGAAGAUAAUUUGGUCUGUUGGGAUACUAGAGAAGGUGAUACUGCGUUGGAGAAGGAAAGGAGCUGGUUUGCGUGGGUUUAAGUCAGACGCACUUGUUACCAAAAUGCAAGAUGGAACAGAGAAAGAAGAAGAUGAUGAUUUCUUCAAGCAAGGUAGAAAGCAAACAGAGGAAAGGCUUGAAAAGGCUCUUGCAAGAGUUAAGUCAAUGGUUCAGUAUCCUGAAGCUAGAGAUCAAUACCGCAGAUUACUAAAUGUGGUCAACGACAUCCAAGAAAGCAAGGUUGAAAAGGCUCUUGCAAAUUCAGAAGAAGCAACUUGUUUUGAUGAUGAUCUGAUAGAUAUUGAGGCAUUGUUGGGAGAUGAUGACACUUUGAUGAUGCCUAUGUCCUCAACUUUGUGGAACGCUUGAAACCACUCUCAAGCCUAUUAUGUGAGAUAUUGUCAUAGUUAUGGACUUUAUUAGACUUGUAAAUUCUUAUGUAAUCCACUCUUUUAUCAUGUUAUGUAACUGCAUCCAUUAUUACUCUAAUUUAUAUAUUUGACGA